AAAAGGCUGCUCAAAUCAAAGGCUCUCUCUCCUAGAACUGCACUCCAAAGCACCCAGUCGCGGAAAACCUCAUCAACCUCACGGCCUCAACCAGCUCCUUCACGUUCGGUUCCAACCUUCUUCUCAGGCAUCAUGCAUCUUUUCAAGGCCGGCCUACCCGUCCUUGCCGUGUGUUCAGUUAUUCAAGCCAUCCCUGUCAACACCGGCGAAAGAGGCGAUACGGCCUUACACCGCCACGAUGGUCUCAAAGCCUUAGACACGCGUCAAGAAAACAGAAGUGCGGGCGGCUUCGUGCCUCCUCACAUUCUCAGGAACAUUACUCGGAGUCCUUUUGCCACAGAAGACGAGCGGCGCACUGCAAAUCGGACCUUGUUGAUCGACGAGGAGCGGCGGGGGCCGGAGCAGUCGACGGAUCAAUCGGUCGCUAUUGAGACUCAACGAGAGGUGGCCGACAUGACACCCACAUCGUAGUCUUACUUGGCGAGCUUCGAAAGGGUCGCGUUUCAAAGUGUUCAGCUCGGACCCAGGGACGGCAGACUGUCAUCCGGAGACUCAGU